CGAUUUUCCAGCCUCCAUCCCGAGCUUUCCCAGCGGGAGGAGGAUGCGGGAAGCCGGGAUAACGGCGGGGGCGCAUCCCGCUAUUCCCGGCUUAUUCCCGCUUUAUCUUUUUGGGUUUUUUCCCGGAUUUUUCCCGGAUUUUUUCCCGGGUUUUGCGGAUCCCGGCGGGAAGGAGGAGCAGGGGAGGCAUCGCGACAUCUCUGGGGCUGAGCUGGGAGAGCUGGGAAAGCGCCUGGAAAAGCAGCCGGGAAUCCGCCGGGAAUCCGCCGGGAAAGGACCGGGAAUUGACCGGGAAUAAUCCGGGAAUUGACCGGGAAUUGACCGGGGAAAACCCGGGAAUCGGCGGGGAAGGAACCGGGAAUUGGCCGGGAAGGAAUUCCGGGAAUCAGCCGGGAAAAAAAAAAAAAACGGGAAGGAUUUUCAGGAAUCAGCCGUGACUCGGCCGGGAAUUGUGCGGGAAGGAAUUUCGGGAAUCAGCCGGGAAGGAAUUUCGGGAAUCGGCCGGGAAUCGGCGGGGAAGGAACCGGGAAAGGAUUUUGGGAAUCGGCCGGGACAGAGCCGGGAUUUGACCAGGAAAGAGCCGGGAUUUGACCAGGAAAGAGCCGGGAUUUGACCGGGAAUUGUCCGGGAAGGAAUUUCGGGAAUCAGCCGGGAAAUCGGCCGGGAAAGAGCCGGGAUUUGACCGGGAAGGAAUUUCGGGAAAGGGCCGGGAUUUGACAGGGAAUCGGCCGGGAUUUGACCGGGAAGGAGCCGGGAUUCAGCCGGGAAUUUGACGGGGAUUGGACCGGGAAUUGUCCGGGAAGGAAUUUCGGCAUCCAGCCGCGCAUCCCGGCGUUCCCAAUCCCCGCUGCCGGAAUUUUCCCGGGAAUCGCGGCGGCCGCAGAGCCGGGCGGGCGAUGCCGCCGGCGCCGCCGCUGCGCUGAGCAUCCCUCUUUUCCCCCGCGGAAAACCGGGAAUUCCGCGCCGGGAUGCCGCGGAACCGCGCCUUCUCCGAGCCGGAAUUCUCGGCCGAGUACUCCGCCGACUAUUCCCUGAGCUUCCCGUCCGAUCCCGACGGGAAUCUCCGCCGCUCCCGGGACUCGCCGGCCGCGCCGGGCUGGGGGCCGUGCCCGUGCCUGCCGCAUUCCCGGCGCUUCUCCUUCUCGCCGGAAUCCCUGGAAAACCUCUACCAGGCUUAUUUCCGCCGGCAGCGCCACGAGACCCUGCUGGUGCUGGUGGUCUUCUCCGCCCUCUUCGACUGCUACAUCCUGGGAAUGUGCGCGGCGUUCUCCCGCACGGAAAAGCUCUUCCCGGCGCUGGCGGCGCUGGCCGGGCUGCUGGCGCACGGCGGCAUCUUCCUGCUCCUCAGGUCCCGGCUGCUCCCGGAGGAUUUUUCCCAGAGGUUCCUGCCCGGCGGGCUGUGGGCGCUGGCGGUGGCGCAGCUCUGGGGCUUGCUGGGCUGGGAGCUGCGGAGGAGCUUUCCCGAGGCGGCGGACGCGGCGGGCUGGCAGGCGAUCCUCGCCUUCUCCUGCUUCCUGACGCUGCCGCUGCGCCUGGCGCGGAUCCUGCUGCUGGCGGCCGCCUCCUGCGGCGGGCACGCGCUGCUCCUGGGAAUCCUGCAGUUCCAGAGGGGCCCGGAGAGCGCCGAGCCCGGCCAGCUGGCCAGGCAGCUGCUGUCCAACGUGGCGCUGUACGGCUGCGCGGUGGCGGUGGGCGCCAUGUCGUACGUGAUGGCCGACCGGAAGCACCGGAAGGCGUUCCUGGAGGCGCGGCAAUCCCUGGAGGUCAAACUCAACCUGGAGGAGCAGAGCCAGCAGCAGGAGCGGCUGAUGCUGUCCAUCCUGCCCAAGCACGUGGCCGACGAGAUGCUGAAGGACAUGAAGAAGGACCCGAGCCAGAAGGAGCUGCAGCAGUUCAACACCAUGUACAUGUACCGCCACGAGAACGUCAGCAUCCUGUUUGCGGACAUCGUGGGCUUCACGCAGCUCUCGUCGUCCUGCAGCGCCCAGGAGCUCGUCAAGCUCCUCAACGAGCUCUUCGCCCGCUUCGACAAGCUGGCCGCCAAGCAUCACCAGCUGCGGAUCAAGAUCCUGGGGGAUUGCUACUACUGCAUCUGCGGGCUGCCGGAAUUCCGGGAGGACCACGCCGUCUGCUCCAUCCGGAUGGGGCUGGCCAUGGUGGAGGCCAUCGCCUCGGUGCGGGAGCGGACGCGCACGGCCGUGGACAUGCGCGUGGGCGUGCACAGCGGCGCCGUGCUGGGCGGCGUGCUGGGCCAGAAGCGCUGGCAGUACGACGUCUGGUCCACCGACGUCACCGUGGCCAACAAGAUGGAGGCGGGCGGCAUCCCCGGGCGCGUGCACAUCUCGCAGAGCACCGUGGACUGCCUGAAGGGCGAGUUCGAGGUGGAGCCGGGCGAGGGCGGCUCGCGCUGCGACUACCUGAGGGACAAGGGCAUCGUCACCUACCUGGUGGUGGUGCCCAAGCAGGGACUGCGGCACGGCGUCAACGGCGUGAAGCUGUCCCUGACCUCGUCGCACGCCGUGUCCCCGGCCGCCGUCACCACCAACGGCAGCCUGAGCCCGGAGCCGCCCGAGGACGCCGAGCGCGGCCGCAGCAGCUCCGCCGAGCUCGACGACGACGACGACUCCGAGCCGCCCGAGGACGCCGAGCGCGGCCGCAGCAGCUCCGCCGAGCUCGACGACGACGACGACUCCGAGGCGCCCAACCCGUCGUUCCCGAACCCGCGGCGGCGGCUGCGGCUGCGGGACCUGGCGGAGCGCGUGGCGGGCGCGGCGCAGAACGAGCAGGAGCUGCACCGGCUGCUCAACGAGGCGCUGCUGGAGCGCGAGUCCAUCCAGGCGCUGAAGGGCAAGAGCACCUUCCGCCUGUCGCUGCGCUUCACCGACCCCGAGAUGGAGACGCGCUACUCGGUGGAGAAGGAGAAGCAGAGCGGCGCCGCCUUCAGCUGCUCCUGCGUCGUCCUCCUCUUCACCGCGCUGGUGGAGGCCGCCAUCGACCCCUGGCUGGUGACCAACUACGUGACGUUCGUGGUGGGCGAGGUGCUGCUGCUCGGGCUCACGCUCUGCUCCUUGGCCGCCGUCUUCCCCCGGGCUUUCCCCAAAAAGCUGGUGGCCUUCUCCACCUGGAUCGACCGCACGCGCUGGGCGCGCAACAGCUGGGCCAUGGCGGCCAUCGCCAUCGUCACCGCGGCCGACAUCGUGGACAUGCUCGCCUGCCGUCGCGACCGCUGGGUGGUGACCAACGGGACCUCGGGGCCACCCCGCGGCGGCGGCGGCUGCGCCGACCACCCCAAGUACUACAGCUACAUCGCCCUGCUGGCCCUGGUGGCCACCGUGAUGCUGGUGCAGGUCAGCCACAUGGUCAAGCUGACCCUCAUGGUGCUCAUCACCGCCGCCGCCGGCGCCGUCAACUUCUCCGCCUGGGAGCCCAUCUUCGACCAGUACGACCGGCGGCGCGGCCAGCACAGCUCGUCCGUGCUGGUUCCCUCCAAGUAUUCCAUGACCGCCAUGAUCUUCGUGGUGAUGCUCAGCUUCUACUACUUCUCGCGGCACGUGGAGAAGCUGGCCCGGACGCUGUUCCUGUGGAAGAUCGACGUCCACGACCAGAAGGAGCGCGUCUCCGAGAUGCGCCGCUGGAACGAGGCCCUGGUGGCCAACAUGCUGCCCGAGCACGUGGCCCGGCACUUCCUGGGCUCCAAAAAGCGGGAUGAGGAGCUGUACAGCCAGUCCUACGAGGAGAUCGGGGUGAUGUUCGCCUCGCUGCCCAACUUCGCCGACUUCUACACGGAGGAGAGCAUCAACAACGGCGGCAUCGAGUGCCUGCGCUUCCUCAACGAGAUCAUCUCCGACUUCGACGCGCUGCUGGACGAGCCCCAGUUCCGCUGCAUCACCAAGAUCAAGACCAUCGGCAGCACCUACAUGGCCGCCUCCGGAGUGACGCCCGACGCCGGCGCCAACGGAUUCGGAGCCAAGAAGGACCCGCGCCCGGAGAAGGAGCGCUGGCAGCACCUGGCCGACCUGGCUGACUUCGCGCUGGCCAUGAAGGUGACGCUGAUGAACAUCAACUACCAGUCCUUCAACAACUUCAUGCUGCGCAUAGGGAUGAACAAGGGGGCGGUGCUGGCCGGGGUCAUCGGGGCGCGCAAGCCCCACUACGACAUCUGGGGCAACACGGUCAACGUGGCCAGCAGGAUGGAGUCCACCGGAGUCAUGGGCAACAUCCAGGUGGUGGAGGAGACGCAGCAGAUCCUGAAGGAAUACGGGUUCCGCUUCGUCCGCCGCGGCGCCGUCUACGUCAAGGGCAAAGGGGAGCUCCUGACGUUUUUCCUGAAGGGCCGGGAAAAACCGGGAUCCUUCCCCGGAUCCGCCGCCGUCCCCCUGCCCCACCAGGUGAUGGAGAAUUCCUGAGGAUUCUUCGGGAAUCCGCGCCGGGAUCCGGAACCCGACCCCCUCGGCACGGCCCCUUCCCGGAGGUUUUUUGGGGUUUUUUUGGGGUGGGGGUUUUUAUUCCGUGUGGAAAAGAGGGAAAGGCGGAGCCGGGUUUUUCCCGGGGUUUUCCCGCCGCGGGAAUUCCGGACUCGGAGCGGUGGCGGCAAUUCCAGGAGAUCCAAACUCAGGGAUGGUUGGGAAGACUCCGCGUCCCUUCCGCAUGCCGGGAGCGGGAGCAAAUCCGGGAUUUUUCUGAAAAUUCCUCCCGAAUUCGAGAGCUCGGGUCCGGCUUGGAUUUGGGGAAGGACGGGAGUUGUGUAUUCCAGAUCCAUAAAUUUUAUCGGAGAA